AACAGAUCCAAUGGAACCAAAAUUCGCAACCAACAAAGGCUUAUUGGAAACUCAUGUGUUAUACAAGUAUAUUAUGGAGAAUAACGUGUACCCUCGCGAACCCAAACCAUUGAAGGAGCUUCGGGCUCUCACCACUACACACCCAUGGGCUGUGAUGGGCACGGCACCCGAUGCUGGCCCGUUGAUUGAGAUCUUGUUGAAGGUCAUUGGCGCGAAAAAGACCAUAGAGAUUGGGGUUUUUACAGGUUACUCGUUGUUACUAACUGCUCUUGCGAUUCCUGAAGAUGGCAAGAUUGUAGCUAUAGAUGUGGAUCGGGAAGCCUAUGAGAUUGGUCUACCGGUUAUACAAAAGGCCGGGGUGGAGCAUAAGAUCAACUUUAUUGAAUCCGAGGGUCUACCAGCUCUUGAUAAACUCUUGGAGGAUCCUGAAAACCAAGGUAGCUUCGACUACGUUUUUGUUGAUGCAGACAAAGGAAACUACAUCAACUACCAUGAGCUAAUAUUGAAAUUGUUGAAGGUCAAUGGGAUUGUUGUAUAUGACAACACACUCUGGUUUGGAACAGUUGCAAAACCCGAGGAUGCAGUUCCAGAAGGAUAUAGAAGGGGGAGAACUGCCAUUGUAGAGUUUAACAAAGCACUCGCAGCUGACCCUCGUGUCGACAUCUCUAUGAUUCCAUUAGGUGAUGGCCUCACCAUAUGCAGACGUCUCUAGCUAUACUAGGAUUUGAGACAUCGGUUUCUUAUCUCCUUUAUCUAUAAAUUUCGUAUGUCAUGAUGACUAUUGUUCAUCUUUUAAAUAACUAGUUUUAAUCGUGGUAUGUGAAGUCUUUGUUGAAGUACUUGUAUGAAAAAUAAAAAAAAGCAGACGAAUUAAAAUAAACAAAAUACCUAGC